AUGAAUGAGGAAAUGGGAAAUUGCAAAGAAGCGAAUACCUUCUCAUUAGUUCCUCACACUCCUCAUAUGCAUGUUCUUGGAUCAAAAUGGGUUUUUAGAGUCAAAUUAAACGCAGAUGGCACGCUGGACAAGUACAAAGCCAGGCUCGUAGCUCAAGGAUUCAAGCAGGAAAAAGGUAUCGACUACCUUGAAACGUAUAGUCCAGUGGUUAGGACUGCAACAGUACGAGCUGUUCUUCAUUUUGCCACAAUGAUGAACUGGGAAGUAAAACAGAUGGACGUAAAGAACGCCUUCUUGCACGGUGAUCUCACGGAGACCGUCUACAUGUAG